UCCAGCACUGGUAGCCCACUCACUCUGACAAAUAUGUCUUGAGUGUAUGUGUGUGUGUGCGUGUGCGUGUAUUUCAGGCCUAUGUCAGGCCCAACUGGGUAACUUUCUGGGGCCAAACGUUGCCAUGGCCCCUGUAUUAUAUUGAGGGGCUAGAAGUAUUACAAUGAACUAAAAAGCACACUGCAUAGAUGGGAGCAGAAUUAUGAUUAGGCACAACUUUAUUAAGGUUUAGCUACCAUGUGAGAACAAUAUACAAUUAUUUAAGAUACUAUAAUCUAAGUGGAUUUUUGGGGGCCCUAUGCAAGACAGGGCCACAUGAUUAUGUCAUAAUGCAGGAGUGAACCCGCUUGGUCAAGUCGUGUCGAUAGGUGCAAAAAACAGUUUUGAAAAUGAUUGUUGUUACUUUUAUUUUUUUUUACAUUUGAAGCUUUCUCCUUUUAUUUAGGAGGUUCUGCCUUUAACUUCCUUUCCUUUUUACUGUUGCGUUCCUCCAUAGCAGCGCCACCUGUGGGCCGCUGAUGUCCUUUGUCAAAUCAUCAUUGAAGAGGUUACAGAGGCAGGAGGGUAUACGACCAGCGGAGAUUUGAAACCUAUUUGAGUCUGUAAUGCAGAGAGCAGAAAGCUUCAUUUAGACUCGAUAGAGGACAGCAAAGAGACAUUAGUCGAAACAUCGCUAAAGACUCGGAGAUGGGACAAACACAUUUGCUGUUGGCCGCAAAUCGCCAUGAAGCCAGCUUCGUAUUGCCAGUGCGCUUUCGAUUCCCUGCAGCCUGCAGCACAGCUCGGACCGUUUAAUUUAAACGGCUUCAGGGAACUGAUCUACGCUGACUGACAGUCCUGAUAUUUCCAUCUGGACCGGGUGAUAUGAGAGGCUCCAAGAGAUGGUGAUGGAGCUCCAGGAGUUGGGCUGGCUGUGUCUGGUGGGUCUCUUUCUGACCUCCUUGCUCAUUGUGCUGGGAUGGCUGUUACAGUACUUGCUGGCCGUACUGCGGCUGUGGAGAUCCAGGAAGACAGUCAAGCAGGACAGUAGAGGAACAGCCUGGCAGCAGCUCUCAUUCACACAGCCUAACCAGAGCCAGGCUGGAGGUGUGUGGGGCUUCCUGCUGAAGCUCCGCUCGGGCCGAGAUGGAGGUCCUGAAUCUGAGGCAGGGGUUAAAGGCUUGUUGACCUCUCUGUUCUCCUUCAAAUCCUUCAAGGAGCACUGGCAGAGAACCUGGGUCAAAGCUCUGAAUGAGCAAGCUUGCAGGCAUGGGAGCUCCAUCCAGAUCACUUUUGACAGCAAUCUCCAGUUAACUACUGCCUCUGCAAUAGAUAGCGUGACCUGCACUGACCAAGCAGCACACCGAAUGGUUUUACACUGUAAAUGUUGGGUGGACACAGUGACGUUUCCUGUGACGGUCACACAGCAAUCGCCAGCUGCCGUUUCCAUGGACACCUUUCAGAUCACUAUAGCACCUAUGGAGGCAAAGGUGGUGGUGUGCCUGGAGGAGGUGGAGGACGAGGGUCUGCUGAUAUCCUGGACUCUUUCUAAGCAGCCAUCAUUUACUCUGACAGUGUCUCCAUGCAAGCUGCAGAGACAAGGCAGUGAGUGUGGGGUAGACUUGGACAUGAUUAAGGGCCUGAUAGAGGAUACUCUGUUCAGCACUCAGCCAGCCAUGGUCCUCAACCUCAAGUCUUGUGCACCCAGUCCUUUGGCUCCCAUGGACCAUCUAUCAGUGGGAUUGAACUCUGUACCCCAGAGUGUCUUGGUGAGACGACUAUUGCUCCGGCAGCUCAGGGCGACCUUAAGUAAAGGUCAGUGGUCUAAAUCAGGGGAGCUGUGCUGUGUGCUGAGCCUGGACCAACCCCCCACAGAGAGGACAACCCGCUUCCUGUCUGUGCCCAGCAACCCCGACGCCUCAGUGGAAUGGAGUGAAGAAAUCACUCUGGAGCUGGGCCUCGAGACCAAAGAGCUGAGAAUAAGACUUCUGGAGCGGAAUGGCAAAAGGGAACAAUUCCUGCCCGGCCAUGCCUCCAUCGCCUUGGACCUCCGGUGCAAAGUUCCCACUGGACAACAUACACUGUCAAUAAGUCACGGCCUCGGCUUGGCCCCAAACGCUACCAUCACAGCAGAGCUGCUGUAUGUGGAAACAGAGGAGCCGCGCAGCGCCCACAAUGCUUUGCCACUUCGUUCCUCCCUCACCCCCACCAAGAAAGUCGACGUGGACCGAACCAUCAUGCCAGAUGGGACCAUUGUCACCACUGUCACGACCAUCCAGUCUCGACUGAAACUGGACCGCAGUCCAGGUGAUUCCCCUUUGCGUUCGCCGUCCAAAGUGGAGGUGACUGAGAAGAAACCCACCAUCCUGUCAGACGGCAGAAGCAGCACCAGCCCCAACCUCAGCAAGAGCAGCCGCCUCUCUAAUGGCCUGGAUCCCGUUGCAGAGACGGCCAUCCGGCAGCUGACGGAGUCCUCCUCCAAAGUAGCACGGAAGACACCAACUAAGAGGAGCACGCUGAUCAUCUCGGGCGUGUCAAAGCAGGUUCCGCUCUCAGAAGAUGACUGCGUGUUGUCGAGCGGCUACGCUGCAGCCAUGGACGCAGCCAUGCAUGGCAACCAUUAUAGGACGGGGCACCACCAGGACCCAGAUGAAACCACACCCUCCGACGUGUCGGAGCGUCCCUCUGUGGAUGAUGUGGAAUCAGAUACUGGUUCCACUGGUGCCUUGGAAACCCGCAGCCUCAAGGACCAUAAAGUGGGCUUUCUACAGAGUGGGACGAAGCUGUUGUUCCGCAGAAGACAUCGAGAAAAAACGUCCUGCCUCAGCCAAUCCCACGAAGACAUCUCCAACAUGGGCAAUAACUUUGCUGCCGCUGCAUCCAUCAGCCGCAAAAAGUCCGGCAGUUUCUCUCGGCGUCUCAUCAAACGCUUCUCCUUCCGCUCAUCAGGCAAAUCAAAAGGCAAAGCUACCAACGGAGGAGCAAGCUCACUGGAUAACUGAUCGUUGUAAGGGCAAGAGGCCGGUCAUCCUGACCUAAGCAUUGUUUUAGAGCUUCUGUUGUUACUAUUAUUACUGUCAGAAGAUCAACUAAACCGUGCAAGAAUCCAGUCUUUGACAGGCUGAACACCCCAGGUGGGUUGUCACCUGUACAUCUUUAAAAGAGGAUACCUCUGGGAGGGCUUUCCUCUGAAGAGAAAUGAUUGCACCUUCAGGACAAAAGUCAUGUUUAAUCACAUCACUGAAGUUGAAUUGUGAUUAUUAAAUCUCUUUCUUUCGAGUAAAACUUUGCUGCUCAGUAAGGAGAAGGUCAAAGUCAAAAGGAAACGUCUUAUGACCUGUUUGAACACAAACUAUAGUAUGAGUGUUUGAUUGUGAUCGAUGGUGAAAAUGCUUUCGAACUAUUUAUUGACAUAAAAUGUGAAUAUGAGGCUAUUGGUUUCACUUCGGACAGUUUUUUCAAAGCAUGUGUAAAAUUCCAGGGUUGUACAAUUGUGAAUUACUUUGUUGUUCUCAAGUGCUAUUUAUUUUACCCCCAAAACAACUCAUCAUAGUUGCAUUACACUGUAAAAUAUAUGAAUUGCUGUGUUUUUCUCCAUGCAAAUGUAAUUUUCAACACAUAGUUUUAAGUAAGUUAACAAAAAUCAGUCUUGAUCUAGCACUUCAUUCAUAAUUGCUUAUAUAUUGGUUUUAGAUUGUUGUAUCUUAUAAACGAAGCAGGGAAGGUAAUAUAUCUAUUGUACUUUUUUAUUUUAUAAAAGGUACUUUAUGUGGAAUAUAAUAAUGCAUUUCAGUUUGCUUUUGAAACCUCAACCAGCCAGGAUCUCUGGCAGACUCUUUAAGCUGGGCAAUAAGUUGAAACUUAAAAAAAAAAAGGUCCUGCUCUCCUUGUUGUUCCUUUUGACUCCAACUGGGUCGAAAGUGCAAACACUUGAUAGAGACUUCAGUUGAUGCUCAUGUGGACAUUUUAUUAUUCCAAUAACUAGCUAUACUGUGCAGUAAAACUACAUAUAUUGUACAAAAUGCCUCACAUGGGUUGCAGGCAAAAUCAAACAUUCAGGAGCAUUAUCAUAAUACAGUUUUUUGGAAAUAAAUGUAAUCCUUACAUGAGUGACUAUACUACAACAGUUCUGCAGUUUAGACUGGAAAAAUGGAACUCGGAGGUCUCGGGGAAGGUUUCAGACAUGGUCUACUGAUGGAUUGCCAGCAACAAGAUUGUCAAAGUGUAUGACAAGGAGAUGGGUGGUGUGGACGUACUCAGGGCUAGAAAUGAAACUGCUACUAGCAACAAGAGAUAAGAGAAAACCUGCUGCAGCCUUCAAAGGCAUACAGAACCAGUAUGUAAAAAAUGUACAUAGGCCUACAUUUUUGGCCAUUUGUGUUCUGUCAGAGUAAAUCAGAAAUCUUUUAACUGACUGAAUUCAUUAUGGAACUGCAGAACAACCAUAUGAAAUGAUUUUAAUACCAUUUUUCAGGGUAAUUUGCAUUAAUAAAAAAUAUAACUAUUAAAAGGUAUUACAGAGACUAAAUCACUACUGUUAAACUACCAUGUGCAGUGCUUUACAAAACUACAACCAAUUGAAAACGCUGAAAAACUGAACCAAGCCACUUCACUGUGUAAAGGCACAUAUUUUGUCUGGAAGGUGAAAUGGCAAACGGCUGCACAAUUUAAGAUAUGUAUGAUUUCUGUUGUUGUUAUAUUUGAGAUGUUUAAUUUAUUGCCAAUAAAUUAUUUUUUGCUGCAUCACUA